AUGAAGCAUUCUUUGUUCUCGCUCGCCUUUCUGGCUAGCUCUGUCAUGAGCUAUGACCAAGUCCUCGGAUUUAACGAAAAAGUCGAGGUUGAAACAAGAAGCCUCGAUGAGAUCUACAAAGCUGCCUUGAAGGAGGGAGACACCGUCACCCUCUGGCACGGCGGAGAUGCAGUCAAUCAACAAGCCGGUCUGAAACAAGCUUUCGAGAAGCGUUUUCCCGGAAUCAAGCUCAAUGUCACUGUCGAUCUCUCCAAGUACCAUGACGUCAGAGUCGAUCAGCAACUCGCUGCGGGUGGAAAGUCAGUUUACGUCGACAGCGUGAUCCUGCAGACCUUGAACGAUUACCCGCGCUGGGCUCAAGAGGGCGCUUUGCUCAACUACGCCCCCAAGGGCUUUGAUCAAAUCGAUCAUGCUUUCAAGGAUAGCACGGCGUAUUGGUAUGGAGUGUAUAUCUUCUUCUGGGCCAAUGCAUGGAACACAGAGAAGCUUCGCGGUAUUAAGGCACCCGCAGAGUACACCGAUUGGCUUCGACCUGAGUUUAAGAACAAGCUCGUCCUGACUUACCCCAACGACGACGACGCGGUUCUUUUCGCCUUUUAUCUCAUCAUGCAAGAGUACGGAGCUUCCUGGUUCGAGGAUCUCCUCAAGCAGAACCCUCGCUGGGUUCGUGGAACGGCAACUCCCGGCGCCAUCAUCAGCCAAAAGAACGCCACCGAAGCUGCCUACUUCGCUGCUGGCGGAGGUUUCGGCGAAUCCAAGCCUCUCAAAUUCUCCCAACCUACAAAGGGUAAAUAUGUCUCUUGGUCGCAAUAUGCCGGCAUUCUCAAGGAUGCUCCUCACCCUGAGGGAGCCAAGCUUCUUCACAACUUCAUCCUUAGCGAGGAGUACCAGACUGCUAUGGGUACUUGGUCUGUUCGUCGCGAUAUCGCCACCCCAGAAGGUUUCCCCGAUCUUCGCAACGAGACUGCUACCAACCCAGCUGAGUUUGCGCGAUUUAUGAAGGACCGUGGCUUGGUUGAGAGACUUCGAUUUUGGUUCGAGGCUCGUAUUGGUACUGCAAAGGGUGUUGAUCCUAUCAACGAUCCUAUUAACCAGGGGUAG